UUCAACUUUGGUCUUUUGGUCGGCGUGGCGUGUCGUGGCGUGUCGUGGCGUGGCGGCAUGUCUGUCCGCCUUUUGUUUUUUUUGCUUCUGACAGGUUCGGCCGUCCAGCUGCAAAGGGUUAACUACCCGCCGCCGACGUGCGCGGCCCGCGGUUCCACCGUCACGCUGCCGUGCUCCUUCAAGCCCCAUGCGCUGGUGGUGCGGACGCUGUGGUGCAUCAAGCACCAAAUCUGCCAGGGCACCACGCCGUCCGCGUUCGUCACCCACGUGGUGUAUGACAGCAACAUCACUAAAAUAAACUCGCGCUACGACUACCUGGGAGACUUGAAGGGAAACUGCACGCUGCGGAUCCGUGACAUCCAGCAGGGUGACAACGAAAUCUUCCGAUUCCGGAUGGAAACCAUUCAUUGGACUUUCACUCAAAGGAGCGGGGUAAAUGUCACCGUUGUCGAAGGCGAACCGAUGCGGGUGCUGAGCGUCGACCCCGGAUGGGCCCGCGAGGGCGAGGCGGUAACACUGAAAUGCACGUCGCGCUGCUCCUUCCUGGGUCUGGAUGUGAUGUGGCGACGGAACGGAGGCGAGCUCCCGGAGACCGGCCCCGUCCUCCGGCUGAGCAACCUGACGGCGUGCGAGACGGGCAACUACACGUGCGCCCUCCGCAGGGACCCCAAAACAAUGUCGCCACCCUUCAACCUAACCGUGGAACCCCGUCUAAUUGACUCAUCCGGCGCCUCUGUCGGCCACUGGGCGGCGCGCAGCGCUGUUUUGGUCAUCGCAGCCACCGUCGUCAUCGUCUUGUUCCUAGUUGAACUACGAUGGCAGCGGACUCUUGACACCGGAAAGGAGGGACCGGAAAGUGAAAACGAGUACGACGACGCGCUGCCGUGGACCAGUCGAAGCCGCCAGUCGAAGCGGUCCGGAUGGACAGGAAGUCGGCCAAGUUGCGCGGGAAAUCAAUUACGCCGCUUAUCAGUUUAAACAUUUAUCUAUUUCACUUUUUAUUGCUUGUGCUCUUGUUCCCUACAAACGGGAACUAGAGUGCAAGAAUGAAAUGAAAAAGUGAAAUGUUGACAUAAAUAAAAAUUGAAAUAAAUAAAUGUUUAGGAAAUAAAAAUUGAAAUAAAUAAAAAUGGAAUCAAAAAGUAUAAAAUAUAAAUAUUGAAAUGCAUAAUUAUGAACUGAAAUAGAUAUUGAAAUGUUGAAGCAUUUUAAUGACAUUUUUAAUUAUUUAUUGAAUUGUGUAUUUAAUUUUUGCACACCUGGCCCUCCGUAGACUACAGCAAUCAGAAGAAAAUGGCUAUAUUUACCGUUUAUUUUUUGUUUGGAUUAAAAAAAAUUAAGUGAAAUUUUGAAAAGUAAAUAUAUUUUAAACAUUUUGCUAAAAGUAUUUUUGAAAAUAUGAAUUCUCAAAAGUAUAUUUACUGUCCUUUUAUAUUUUCUUUCAUUACUUUUAUUUCCAAUACUUUUUACAAAUAUACAUUUAAAAAAUAAUAUUUAAAAUUAAUAAAUGUAAAAAAAAAAGUUUACAAUGUUUAAAAAUAUGUGGGGAAAAAAUUAUGAAUAUUUACUGUUUAACCUUUUUUUUUUUGCUUUUUUAAAUUUUAAAAUGUUGAAACUAAAUACAUUUCACUCAAAAAUAGUGUCCUUUUUUUCAGAUAAUUAUUAAAGGUUUAUUAAAUAUUUACUUUUACCAAUGAAUGCUCACAAUAGCGUUUAAGUUGUUGAUGAUUGAUUGAUAUAAUUGAUUGUAAUAAAGAGAUAUUUUAAUGAUUGAUUACUAUAGACAUGUUUAGCUCUUGAUAAAACUGCAUUGUCAUUAUGACCGGUUCAAACCGGCCUGUGUUCCACAGGUCAACUUUAAGGACAAGCCACAGACAACUAAAGUGUCUGGUACAUUUAAGAAAUCAUACUGUUGCAUUUUAUUACUUGCCAAAUGCUAUUGCUUCAUGAGAUGUAUUGGCACACAUGAAUAUAAUUUCACCUACAUGCACACACAUAGCCAAACAACUUCAAGGGGUGUCGCCAGCUUGCUUCCCCUUUCCCUUUCAGGGCAAGACACCCGUCUGUUGCUAGGGACAACCCUCGAAUAAAAAGAAAGGGUAUGGGAGGGGUAGGUUUAGAACCUUCUUGGAAAUUAUAUAGUGUAGUCUAGUAUUGUAUUGUAUAGUUCCCUCCCAUUCUCC